AUGCGUCUGUCUCUAAUAAUUUGUUCACUCAAUGUGUUGAGCCUCAUCACUGGCUUUCCCUUGGAAGAGGAUAAUAAUUGCGAGCUCUUGGGAUAUGUUAAUACCGAUGAUUCGUGGUUAAAUAUUUUUAAUAAUGUCAUUACAUCCCUGGAAGAAAGCAUUAAUCGAGCAUCGCAUUCUGAAAACUGCGCCUACCACGUUGAAUUUCUUCAAAGUUGUUUGGAUCGCGCUAAAAGCAUUUUUUCCCCGAAAGAAAAAAUGCAGUUCGUCGUUGAAUUCAUUGACUAUCAAAAAAUGCAUACCAAAAAUGAACUAGCACGCACACAUACCUAUUUAGAAAACACUAUGAUUAAUUUAUUUCACAAAACUGUGGAUAAACUUAGGACAUUGAGCGGAAAAAUUAUAAGGUUCUCCGAAAAAAUAGAAGAAAAAUUGGCCCGAACAAUAGAUCGGCAAAAUAAAUUCCUUUUUGGAAAUUAAGCACUCCAAAAGAGUACUUGAUUGUUUUGUAGCUAA